GUGCGUAGGAGCCACAAGGGGGCUCACGUCAGGCUCUUUUAGCGAAUGCUGCUCUGGGGCAAAGCCCAGUGGGGCCGCGGGGGCCGCGGAGAGCAUACUCGGUUUGCAGACAGGAACAGGCGCGGACCGGAAGUUCCACGGCCUCGCUGUCCGGGGGAGCCGUUAGGAGCGCACGCCGGAAGUGGUCAAUUGGCCGGUCUGAGUUGGUACCGGUGGUGGGGUCCCUCGGACUGCGGAGACAUGGAGCCCGGGGCUGCUGAACUAUAUGACCAGGCCCUGCUGGGCAUCUUGCAACACGUGGGCAAUGUCCAGGACUUUCUGCGCGUUCUCUUCGGCUUCCUCUACCGCAAGACUGAUUUCUACCGCCUGCUGCGCCACCCAUCGGACCGCAUGGGCUUCCCGCCCGGGGCCGCACAAGCUCUGGUGCUGCAGGUAUUUAAAACCUUUGAUCAAAUGGCCCGUCAGGAUGAUGAGAAGAGAAGGAAGGAACUUGAAGAGAAAAUCAGAAGAAAAGAAGAAGAAGAAGCCAAGGCUGUGGUAACUGGUACAGCUGAGAAGGAACUAGUCCCAGUCCCAGUUCAGGAAAUAGAGAUUGACUCUCCUGCAGAAUUAGGUGGGCCUGGGGAUGCAGAGAAAGUGCAGCCUUCAGGCUCACAGGAUGCUGAACAGGAAGUGGCUGGUGGCUUGGAGGAGGCAGAAGCUCCAGGAGCAGCGGCUGGUGCUACUGUAGUCCCUCAGGAACCACCAGCGCUCCCCAGGAUUCAAGAGCAGUUCCAGAAAAACCCUGACAGUUACAACGGUGCUGUACGUGAGAAUUACACCUGGUCGCAGGACUACACUGACCUGGAGGUCAGGGUGCCGGUGCCCAAGCAUGUGGUAAAGGGGAAGCAGGUCUCAGUGGUCCUUAGUAGUGGCUCCAUCCGUGUGGCCAUGCUGGAAGAAAGCGGGGAGCGGGUUCUCAUGGAAGGGAAACUCACCCACAAGAUCAACACGGAGAGUUCGCUCUGGAGCCUCGAGCCAGGGAAGUGUGUUUUGGUGAACCUGAGCAAGGUGGGUGAGUACUGGUGGAGUGCCAUCCUGGAGGGAGAGGAGCCCAUUGACAUCGACAAGAUCAACAAGGAGCGCUCCAUGGCUACUGUGGACGAGGAGGAGCAGGCAGUCCUAGAUAGGCUCACCUUUGACUACCACCAGAAGCUACAGGGCAAGCCUCAGAGCCACGAGCUGAAAGUCCAUGAGAUGCUGAAGAAGGGGUGGGAUGCUGAAGGCUCUCCCUUCCGAGGCCAGCGAUUCGACCCAGCCAUGUUCAACAUCUCCCCGGGGGCUGUGCAGUUUUAAUGACCAGAAGGAAAGGAAACUCGCCAGCAGGGAGGCAGAGGCUUUGUUCUCAGCUGUCCCUCUCUCUCAGCUCCCUGUGUGCCAGGGACUUGCUCGUCUCAUUCACCCCUAGCCAUCCUUUCUUUUAAGGGUGAACCAGGCCAUCAACCCUGACCUUGCACCUCCAGGCUGUUCCAGAGAAGGUGCGGGGCCAGCUGCUGCCUGGUGGCCGCUGCGGCCAACACUGAAUGAAGGUGUUUGAAAUGCAGGAGGGACACGUCCCAGUAAACUGAGAGCACAUGCUUCGUCUCCACAGCAACCAGCCACUGCAGGCAGCAUUUCUUUCCUCCUCUGCUCUCUGCUUGCUGUUGUUUUGAUGCUAUUCUGCUUGCUUUUCUUCUGGUUGGGAGUGGGGAGUUGCUGGGCUCUUGGACGAAGCCAAAGUUGAAGUGUGUGGGGUGCAGCACUUGCAUGAAGGCAAGUGGGGAACAGCUGUGGAGCUGCUGCUGGGGCCGCUGUGGGAAACCCGUACCCCUUGACCUCAUUAGGUAUGUUCACGUGCAGUCUUGCUCAUCCAUUUGUAAAUGUGCUCUGUUUGCCUCGGCCGCAUAGGCAGAACAGCAGAAACUGCAGUCCUAUUUUCACAUUCUUGAUGUUGGGAGAAAGUCUGGGGUUCUGGUCUCAGGCCCAGAUGCAGUGGGAAUUCUGUCUGCCCUCGGAUUGCGGCUGCUUUGCUUUGUUUCUUGUUAAAGUGAACUGAGCCUGGCCACCACUGCAUGGUACACUCUGCUUGGCUCCCUGUGUGACCUCUUUGGGUGUGCUAUGUCAAAGCAUGGGCAAGAACCAGGCAUCCUCAGGAGACCACACCAGGUCUAGCAGCUCAUUGGCAGAUCAUGUCAGCCACAAACCUUGAGCAGCCUUGACCUCGCGUGCCUCAGGAAGAGGAAUUUCUAUACAGGCACGAAGGCACACUGUCCCACUGUGACAGAUCCCAAGAAAUUGAAGACCCUCAUACCAGGCACUGGACUGUGCUCCCUGGAUCUCCUAGUCUGUCCCUCCUGUUGUCCAGGGAAUAGGUACCAUCUCAGUAUCCCCAAACCCAUGCCUUGAGCCACAGCACUGACUCUAGCCAAGUUAUGAAGACCUGACUGAGGGGCUGGGCUCCAGGUGCUCUAAGUACUUACAGGACUCUCUCUGCCUGUUACCAGGAAUGUGGUAUCAUCAGUGCCCAGCACUGUCCAUUCACCUAGCUGCCAGCCUCAGUGUAUGAAUAAGUCACACCACAAGUCUUUGUACCCUGGUUAUACCCACGGCCAGCUGGAGUCAAAGCCUAAAGAUGCUGGGCAACUUGCUCUUGGCAAAGAGCACUGGCCUGCAAGCUCUCUGCAAAUGCUCAAGAGGGACUGUCUAGGAGAACGAGUUGGUGGGACAUCCUUCCAAAGGCUUCCACAUUGAACUGUGUAGAUAGGAUCUAGUUUGUUGUAGUCAUUUUGGGCUAGAUUUCUGGUUUACAGUGGUGGCCAACAGCCCUUAUAAAAAGUACAUCCUGGGGCUGAGGUUGUGGCUCAGCAGUAGAGCACUCACCUAGCAUAUAUGAGGCCCUGGGUUUGAUCCUCAGUACU